CGACGUUUCCGUCGCUUUACGGCGGCGGAAGGAACCGGAAGCCGGCGCUGGUCGUGGUGUUGUUGCUGAGGGAGAGGCCUUGCUAGGCCGAGGCGAGGCCAGGAUGAAGCUGAGCACGCAGGCCUACUGCAAGCUGGUGCUCCACGGGGCCAAGUACCCGCACUGCGCCGUCAACGGGCUCCUGGUGGCCGAGAAGCCCUCGCCGGGGCCGGCCUCGCCCUCGGCCGGCCUCUUCGUCGACUGCGUCCCGCUCUUCCACGGCAGCCUCGCCCUCGCGCCCAUGAUGGAGGUCGCCCUCACCCUGAUCGAUUCGUGGUGCAAAGAGAAUAGCUACGUAAUAGCCGGAUACUAUCAAGCUAAUGAACGUAUAAAAGAUGCCAGUCCAAACCAGGUCGCUGAAAAGGUCGCUUCCAGGAUUGCAGAAGGUUUCAGUGACACAGCACUCAUCAUGGUGGAUAAUACUAAAUUCACGAUGGAGUGCAUUUUACCGGCAGUUCACGUCUAUGAGCAUCACGAAAACAAAUGGAGGUGCAAAGACCCACACUACGACUAUUGCGAAGACUGGUCCGAAGCCCAGAGGAUUUCCGCCUCCCUUUUGGACAGCCGGUCCUACGAGACGCUGGUGGAUUUCGAUAACCACCUGGACGACAUCCGGAACGACUGGACAAACCCGGAGAUUAACAAAGCGGUCCUCCACCUGUGUUAGGGAGGCUCCCAUUGACUUGACCUAUUGGCAUUUCCAAUAAGAAGAAAUGGCAAAGGGUUCUUGAAUGUAAAUAGAAUGCCAGUGGUUCCUUCAAGUGGAAGGCCAAGGGUGCUUCGGUAGGGAAAGGAUGUGUCACUAUGCAGUCAAACCUUUUUAAUGGGAAUCCUUGGGAUAUCGGCCGUGGUUUGCAAGACCCUUUGUGGAUCCCACCACACAUUAAAACAUCAUAAUAUGUUGUUGAGGGCUUUCAUGGCCGGAGUCACAGAGUUGUUGUGUGCUUUCCGGGCUGUAUGGCCAUGUUCCAGAAGCAUUCUCUCCUGACGUUUCGCCCACACCUAUGGCAGGCAUCCUCCGAGGUUGUGAGGAUCCCUGCCAUAGCUGUGGGCGAAACGUCAGGAGAGAAUGCUUCUGGAACAUGGCCAUACAGCCCGGAAAACACACAACAACAUAAUACGUUGCUGUAAUUUCUUUCCAGCCAGGAAGUAAUCUCCUUGUCCCAAACAGUCAUAAAAAAAGUUUUGACUAAUCUUUUAUAACCUCUAGAGAAUAAUUUUUUAAAAACAGACAUUUAUGAAAUACCUUCCAAAGCAUUACGCAGUAGUUCUUAUUUUAUACGUGAAAAUUUCCACCAUUGUGUCAGAGAGCGCAUACCUGCAUGCAUCAAUUGGAGUAAGUCCUGGGAAUGCUUUAAAAAGAAGUCACCAACUUGCAAACGUGAGAGUCAAAACUCUUUUCUGUGUUGUAUUGAAAGUUAAUUCUUGCAUCCCCAUCAUAGCUGAGGUUAUUUCAUAAGAGGUGCUCCUCUUUCUUAACAUCCCUCAUCUCGUGAAUGGAAUUUCCAACUAGUUACACUUAGUCCUGAAAGAAAGGAAAGUGGGAAAAAAGAUCUGGUGCUGAACAAAAUAAAUUUAACCAUAGUUUAUAAGUGGCUGACACCUUCUCAAGUGUCAUAAACUGAAAUUUAAUUUUUAUCACCAAACAUAAUAUAAUUAUAAUAUAAUAUAAUUUUAUAUAUAUUUUAUCACCAAACAUGAUAAACGUUGCUGCCUGCCUCGAAUAUUGUCCUGCAGGAGAAGAAAGUUCUCCAUAUUAAGUUGAAUUUAAGAUCACGAUGAAGUCCUCUUUCACUUCAGAAUGUGCCAGUUAUUUAUAAAUAACAAUUGGACCUCUUUUGUGUUGUCGAAGGCUUUCAUGGCCGGAAUGACUGGGUUGCUGUGAGUUAUCCGGGCUGUAUGGCCAUCUUCCAGAAGCAUUCUCUCCUGACGUUUCGCCUGCAUCUAUGACAGGCAUCCUCAGAGGUGGUGAGGUUUGUUGGAAACCAGGCAAAUGAGGUGUAUAUACCUGUGGAAUAAUGUCCAGGGUGGGAGAAAGAACUCUUUGUCUGUUGGAGGCAAGUGUGAAUGUUGCAAUUAAUCACCUUGAUUAGCAUUGAAUGGCCUUGCAGCUUCAACGUCUGGCUGCUUCCUGCCUGUGGGAAUCCUUUGUUGGCCCUGAUUGUUUCAUGUCUGGAAUUCCCUUGUUUUCAGAGUGUUGUUUUUUAUUUAUUGUCCGGGUUUUAGGAUUCCCUCCAGGCAAGAAUCAGCCAAGCUUUGAAGCUGGAAGGCUUUUCAAUGCUAAUCAAAAUAAUUAAUUGCAAUAUUCACAUUUGCCUCCAACAGAUGAGAGUUCUUCCUCCCACCCUGGACAUCAUUCCACAGAUAUAUAAACCUCAUGUGCCUGGUUUCCAACAAGCCUCACAACCUCUGAGGAUGCCUGCCAUAGAUGUGGGUGAAACGUCAGGAGAGAAUGCUUCUGGAACAUGGCCAUACAGUCCGGAAACUUCACAGCAACCCACUGAACCUAUUUUAUUUGGUUCUGGACUUUUUGUGCUCGUUUUCUUGUGAGAUCGGUGCUGUUUCCCUUCCAUUGUUGACAACUCAGUACAGACCCAGUUUGAUCCUUUCAAGGAUAGAUUUGUCCUGCAUUGAUCUUUUACCUUCAAGGAGUCUUUAUUUUUUCCCCCUGCACUAUUUACUCUUCUUUUUUUAAGUUGAUUUCUUGAGGGAGGCGUGCGGCAUCUUGUUGUUUUAUAUGUAUUUGUUUGUUUGUCUUUUCUACUCCUCUGGACUGUACCUAACCUUUAUAACGUUCUACAUGUUAAGCAGUAACGGUUUGAGAUUCCUUGUUGGACGAAACUUAUUUAACUGACUCUCUUCCCUUUCCCCCAUCUUGGAAAUAAAACUAAUGAAACAAA